UGUUAGACACGUCCGCCUCUAUGAAUCAGCGCACUUAUUUGGGUACGACAUAUCUGGACGUUGCUAAAGGCGCGGUUGAGGUCUUUAUGAAGGUAAAGAAUGAUUUUACCCCGACUUUUUUCAGCAAGUAUGCGGCUUUGGCGAGCUUAGGGUUCCUUGGGCAAGGUCGGUCGAAAUUAAUAUAUGUUGUUUUGGCUUUCUUUUUUGACAGCUGCGUGCCCGAGACCCGGCUAGUAGAGGCGACAGGUACAUGCUAGUUACAUUCGAUGAUCCACCAUACGGAGUGAAGGUAAUUAGCAACUGAUACAAUGUUUACAUUUAACCAGUCGAACGUAUUUUUCAGUCAGUGAGACUUUAUUGUCCUUCUGGUUUGUAGUCAGUGUUGGGCGGCUUCCCGGUGGCGAAAAAACGGCAAUUUUUUGCUCCAAAUAACCGCAGACCCGGAGCUGCACUGCCUCCGACCAUCCAGCGGACAUUUUGCUUUUGUGUUGAGAAAAGUCUCGGGCGUUGAGAUGGAGGCGGGGAGAUUUAUUAUCGCCUCUGACGUCGCUCUUUUUUUGAAAGUACAAUGUCUCGAUUGGUCAAAGAGCCUGCCAAUCAUUCUCGACUCCUCCCCUCGCAUCACCCAUGCAUUACCAUUGGCCAGUCUGGGCUGAAAGUUGAUCAGCCCUCUUCAUCAUUUUUAUGCUGGCUGGAAGGAGAACCACGCCACCUUCAUGUGCGAGCUGAAGAACCUGCAGGCGUCUGGGCUGACUACGCUAGGUCACGCUCUCCGCACCGCCUUCGACCUGCUGAACCUCAACCGCCUCGUCUCAGGCAUCGACAACUACGGACAGGGCCGUAACCCCUUCUUCCUGGAGCCAUCUGUGAUCAUCACUAUCACUGAUGGGAACAAGCUCACACACAGCUCUGGGGUGCCAGAUGAGCUGCACCUGCCUCUGAACUCUCCACUGUCAGGCAGUGAGCUGACCAAGGAGCCCUUUCGCUGGGACCAGCGUCUGUUUGCGUUGGUGCUGAGGCUGCCAGGAGCAGCCACGCCAGACACAGAGCAGCUCGGUAGCGUCCCCACGGACGAGUCUGCCAUCACCCAGAUGUGUGAAGUCACCGGAGGGCGAUCGUACUGUGUGCGGACACAGAGGAUGUUGAACCAGUGUCUGGAGUCUCUGGUCCAAAAGGUUCAAAGUGGUGUCGUCAUUAACUUCGAGAAGACGGGGCCAGAUCCGCCUCUGGUUGGGGACGACAACUCAGUGGAGUCCAGUCGGCCUGUGUCAUCCUUCAGCACACAGCCGUGGCACAGUUGCCACAAACUCAUCUACGUGCGACCGAACCCGAAGACGGGGGUUCCGGUCGGGCAUUGGCCCAUUCCAGAGUCCUUCUGGCCAGACCAGAACUCUCCGAGCCUGCCACCUCGCUCUGCACAUCCCGUGGUGCGAUUCUCCUGUGUGGACUGUGAGCCCAUGGUGAUCGACAAGCUUCCCUUUGACAAGUAUGAGCUGGAGCCAUCUCCACUCACCCAGUACAUUUUGGAAAGGAAGUCUCCACACAUGUGCUGGCAGGUGUUUGUUAACAGCAGCGGGAAGCAAAACGACCUGGGACAGCCGUUUGGGUACCUUAAAGCCAGCACAUCUCUGACCUGUGUCAACCUGUUCGUCAUGCCUUACAACUACCCAGUGCUUCUUCCACUCCUCGAUGAUCUGUUCAAAGUGCACAAACUAAAACCAAACCUCAAGUGGCGACAGGCCUUCGAGAUGUACCUGAAGGCCAUGCCUCCAUACUUCUUCAUGCCCUUGAAAAAGGCGUUGAGGAUGAUGGGUGCACCUAAUCUUAUUGCAGACACCAUGGACUGUGGCCUGAGUUACAGCGUCAUCUCUCACCUGAAGAAGCUCAGCCAGCAGGCAAAGAUGGAAUCGGAUCGUCUCAUCGUGUCUGUGGGGAAGAAGGCUCCACAAGAGCCUGGCAUAAAGGUGAAGAACCACUCCAGCUCUUCCUCUCUGGCCCACCGGCAGGACUUCAAGCAGCUGCUGCAGGGAAUCACCGGUGAGGGGCCCCUUCGCCUGGCGGACAUCAACUUCAAAGAGUUUGCCGGCUUCCAGAUCGCCCUGCUCAACAAGGAUCUGAAAGCUCAAGCUUAUCGGAAUGCCUACGACAUCCCAAGACGGAACCUUCUGGAUCAACUCACCCGGAUGCGCUCCAAUUUGUUGCGGACGUCGCAAAAACUGAUCCGAGGGCAAGACGAAGACUAUCUGCACAGUAUCCCAGUGGCUCAGAUGGGAAACUAUCAGGAAUACCUCAAAAUGAUGACGUCUCCUUUGAGAGAGAUCGACCCUGACCAGCCUAAACGCCUGCACACGUUUGGGAAUCCUUUCAAGCAGGAUAAGAAGGGGAUGAUGAUCGAUGAGGCGGAUGAGUUCGUAGCAGGCCCUCAAAACAAGAAAAGAGGAAAUUCCAACGACGCCAACUCGAGUACCACUAUGAAGAGAAGGCGGAGCAUGUCCCCGUUACUGCGGCGGCCGCAGACUCCACCGGCGAGCACCAACCAUGUGGUGGCGGGAAAGAGUCCGGUAGAGGUUCAAGAGCAGCAGGACCUCCUCAAACCCAUCCCACAGCACAAAGAAGUGGAUGGCAAUGACGUGGCGGUCACUGAGAGUAACGGGGACGGGGUUCUUGAGCCGGAGUCGGGGGAGAUCUGGCCCGCUGAGAUGGACACUGUAGCAGAGAGUCCGUCUCCACUGAGCCUCGAGGAGAAGGCCGGGCCGGGAGAGGCAGAUCCGGAAGAGGACAUCGACAUGGCGGAGGAGAGAGUGGUGGAAGAUAGUCUAGAUGAGCAGACACUGGAGGAGCAACACAACUGUGACCGGCUGAGUCCACUGAGCCAGCUAGAGGACCCUGACGCUGAACCUGCAGUGCUCGAGACCAUAUUCAUAGCCCCGCUAGAUGGGAGCCAAGCGGAGCUGAGGAGUCAGGUCAUCAAGGAGGUCCGCAAACCUGGGCGAAACUAUGAGGCAAUACUCGGUCUCCUGCAGCAGGUGAAAGGUCCGGUUAAUGUUCAAAGGUACUUCAUCCAACAUGCGAUCAAAGAGGCUGUCAGGUUCAAGAAGCGAGUACUGAUCCAGCAGCUGGAGACGUCCCUCGCCGAGUUGGAGGAGAAGCAGGCGACGUCCUCACAGCUUCCCAAUGACCAUGGAAGUUAGUGGUCAAGAUGUGUUUCGUCACUAGAAAUGGGAAUGAAGCUCCUAUUUUGUGGACUGUUGGAUUAAACACCAUAAGAAAAGAGACGCCCUUGUCUACUAGCCUCAAAAAGAUCAAUUGAGGAACUGGAGGACAGUGGGGGGAGGAGAAAUGCACUGAUAGCAGACACUCCCACUGUCCCUGUACUGAUACAUCACAUCCUGUUGGAGCCGGAGAGUAAGGGGUUCAACUGGAGGAGGGGCCUUCCGGACUGAUCCACUGAGGAUGAAGUGUAAUCCUCUUCGUAUUGACAGAUGCCUUAAACAUCCUUAUGGCUUUUGUCUGUACCGGCACAUUGUUUAGUAGACACACACACACACACACACACACACACACACACACACACACACACACUCCUUUAGACAGACACACAAUAUGCUGUGCGCAUGGGAUCAACAGGCACAUUCCUGUUAUUGUUGUUCUUCUACAGCAGACCUUUCUUCAGCUGGUCUGAAAAGGGUUUUUAAGACUGCA